UACGUCAAAUAUUGCGUGUUUUUCUAGUCUUGCUCGUUCAUUUCGCAGAAAUAAGAAUAAAAAUAGUCUCCCAUUCGUUUUUAUUCGUGUCAAAAUUUGCAAUAAAACUGUAUUACGUGCGUGCUUAUAGCAGAAAAAUGUGUGAUAAAUUACUUGAGUGUAAUUUUAAUUUGAAUACUUUGUUGCAAUAUCCUUCCAUAAUCACCUUGUUUACUCCAUGCUCUGUAAUAUAGUUACAUUUACUUUCCUUUUGUUAUCAUGGAAGUGAAUCCUUUAAACAUAUUUUUCGUGAAAUCUGACAGCAAAGGUGACAGGUUGCUGUUCAGAUAUCCUUACACAACAGAGAACAAGGAUGAAAGUAAACAGAAAAAAUAUGGUCGACACAAUCCUUACGCCAUUAAUUCUACAGAGGACUUGUUACAGAACCCUCAAUCGCAAACGUCAAAUAUUUGUAAAGGUCAGCUAAGUGGUUUUACAGAUGAAAUGUUAUCAACCUUGUUUGCUGUAAAAGCCGAGCUUUGUAAUAGAAAAUUUGAGUUAAAAGUGAAUGAUGUUAGGUUUGUGGGACAUCCUACUCUACUGCCAUACAGAACUAACAAGGAUGAUACGGCCACUAUGAUCCUUAUUAAUAUUGUCUUUGCACUGCAGGCUUCUGCAAGUCAUUCUGUUGUAAAAUGUUACUAUGAUUUGAGUAAAAGACUGGGAAAAGCACUGAGACAUGAAGAAAAGAGGUGUUCAUAUUUGACUGAAGAAAUGAAAAUAAUGUUAGCAGCUCAUGAUGAGGUGUCAGUUUUGGAUAGCGAAAUAAAGAGUGACAAUGAUGAAGAUGAGGACAAUCUCCGUCAUUCCGUCAGUUCAGCGACGUACAGCAGUGAGAACGGGGCAGAUAACGCUCCGAAGUCAGCGUUCCAUCUCAUACUACAACGGAGCUCGCUGGCGAGGUCCAUGAAGUCUGUGUUUGAAGAACUGAGUAGUACUGGUAUAGUUCAAUGUCGGAUAAAUAAGUGGGUAUUGUUGUCCUUCUGUUUGCCACACAAAGCUCAUCAAAUACACAAUAGAGGGUUAAUCAUUGAACCAGAAACAAUAGACAAAUGUUUACAGAAACUUAGGCCUUAUCACGGUAUAUUGCUUAUGGUGAAUCCAAAUGAUCUGCUAGGUUCAAUACCUCUGGACAGCAGCUCGGCUCUACUAAGACUGAUAAAACUAUACAGCCCACUGAAAAGUUUACAGACGCUCGCUAUUGAAGCGGACCUAACCCUAAAACAGGUGUCUCAACUAACAGGACACUUGGUAUACUGGGCGAAAGCGACAGUGAUAUAUCCUUUGUGUGAGAGUAAUGUUUACGUGGUCGCUCCGGGAGCUAAUGUUCAUAUACACUCGCCUCUGGUUGAAGAGUUCGCAAAGGAGUUCCCUACUCUGUGCUUGUUACAGAUGCUAAGCGAAUUCUCUCUCCCGGCCCCGUUGUGGUACGUGUCCCGCAACGGGUCGGGCGGCGGCGGCGGCGGCGGCCGCCUCGCGCGCUGCGUCGCCUGGCUGCUGCGCCGCAGGCUGCUGCUGCAGCUACAUACCUAUGUACAGUUCAACUCGCCGCACUGGGGACGGGACCCCGAUGGCAAAGAAUAUUACUGCGAAAAACACGAUAUAUUCAACCAGUCGUGCAGCGUGUCAUUCUCCUCUCUCAACCAAAUGCAACUCAACGUCCCAGAACCAGUGGAACCCAGAGAAACCAUCAACACUUUCCCAGACUCCGACGAGGACUACCCGACGGAGAAUAACCUCAACCAAACAGACUUCUCACACACAAAGCCAAUAGUCAUAGAAUCUGAACAUACCAAAUAUGAUAAAUUCCGGGAAACAGACUCCGCGAAUCACUCCUUCGAUGACGGCAUCGACGUCGUCGACGGCAUCAAACCAACCAACGGUUGUGACUAUGAAAACAAAGUCGAUAAAGUCCAGAAGAAAAUACAAGGAAACUCAGUAGACAGCGGCAUUUCAAGCAAUAUGAAUGGAACUAACAAUCAUAAUGGGAAUGGAGAAAUUAUAGAAAAUGGUCACACGGAUAUCGUUAAAACCGAAUUGUCCAUCGAUAAAACUGAUUCGGAUAAAAAGAGCCUCCCUUCACGUUUAUCUGAUAUCUCCUUGAAAGAUAGUGAAACUACUUUGAACAAGGAUACGAGUAGUGAUGAAGAUAAAUUCGAGAGCGACCAGGAUAUAUCGCCGCGAAUCAAAAUGAAUGGAAUAAUAAACGGCGGCGAAAAGAAAAAUGGCGUGUCUUUGAAUUUGAAAUUACAAAGUGAAAUGAGUAUGGAUUUCAGCUUUCAACCGCCGACGGUGUGGAAUGUUCCGGCAAGUUGUGACGUCAUCGAUGCAUGUCGCAUCCCCAACGAGCCGCCAACGACCGAGUCACUGCUAGACACGUUCACUGCCGAGGAACGAGCCGCUUUGGCGACGGUACCAGCUUCUAAAAACACUGACGAUCUGUUGCUUCUAGCACAACUGCAUAAGAAAGGUUACUUCCGCGGCGAGCAGCAUUUAGAAGAGAUUAUGUUUAUGGAGAACGUAAGCCGCUCGCAGCUGAUGCAACUUCUGGACAAAUUCAAAGAUGUCCUCAUUACAUUCGAGACUGAAGACCCUGCUGUCGCCAUGUUGUAUCCCUACCAGUAAAUCUCAAUAUUUAACUUAAAAAUAGAGCUAUUUUGUGUAAUAAAUAUCGUGAGACAUAAGUACUAAAUUAAUUGAAAAAAAAAUACGGCUUAAAACGUGAACUACCCUAAAACGGGAUGAAUGGAAUUGGGUAAUUUCUCGGAUCAAAACUAACUGAUUUGAACCGGAACUCAUACAUAGCUGAGCAGUACGAAAUACGAAUAUUUCUCAAAAAUUGCACGUGAAUAAGCCGCAUUUUUUAACCAAAAGCGUAUUUUAAGCGCGCCGUAUUUAAAGCUAUGUGUGCAAUGGUUGGCCAUUGUUUGACCUUGUACAUGUACGUCGAAAAUAAAAAGUGAUAUAGGCGGAAUAGAUAAUUAAAGAACCAAUAGAGUUGGGACAUAAUCUGAAUCUGUACUUUUAUUUGUACACCCCGAUAACAAGUUAAAUCGAUUAUAGUGUCUUUUAAGUUGAAUUCGUUCUUUAUUUGUAGCUGAUUUUUUACGUUAACUUACUAUUAUCACAUCAAUUUAUAAGAUACUUUUUUAAUAUUCCACCAUUAAAAAUCAGAGAUGCUAGAGCAAAUUGGCUUCUGUUCUAUAAAAAUAAAUAUCGAUUAAACAUUGCCCUUGCUCACUAAAUGUGGGACAAUAAUAAAAAAUGUGACAAACAAGUUUGCUGCAUUAAAAUUGGCAUCUACAAAGCUAAGUGGUCGACUGUUCCUAAAAUAUAAAAUUAAUAAGUACUCAGGUUCUUAUAAUUGUAGUUAUUGUAAAGUAUUUAUGUUUAGAAAUUAGUUUUUUACUUGUAACAGGUGCUAGAAUAACUUCUGGACAGUUGAUACCCUUUUGUAACUUAUAUUUUGCUGUUUGUAAUAAUUAUUUCACAUAAUAUUUUCUUCUGUUCAUAGUAAUCACUGAAUCUGAAUGUAUAUAAAAUUUUCAAUACAAAUUGUAAUUGAGAAAAUAAAUAAACCGGAACCAUU